AUGUUACACCACAUCACACGCCACCACAAGACCCCAAUUUACUUCACCAAUCCACAGCACCCUGCCCCGUCCACCCCCACGCCUAACUACCAGUCUCCACCACACCACAUCGCACCACACCACACAUCCUAUCCCGUCCCACACCGUUCCGCCACAACCACACCAACACCACCACCACAGCCCACAACACACCACACUACACCACACCAGUACAACCAGUAUCACACGACACCACACAACAUCACAUCACCACACCACACCACCACACACAAAGCCACACGUCCUACCCCUCACUACCCCUACACCACACCACACCACACCACCACAGGCUCUCAUUACAACACCUCCACGCCGAUUAUGGAUAUCCCUUGA